AUGACUGGUGCUAGAAUCACUCAUCCGCUUCUUCUGGGACUCACCAACAUAUGCAUGUGUACUCGCACAAAACUUUCAUCAAAAGCUUUCCUACUUAUGGCUCUUCUCCCUAUCCCAAAUUACCUACACCCUAAUAAACACAUGCAAGGCAUGCUUGAAGAUCGCCUUAUACACCAAUGUCUUUCAAUUGUUCUCCAGCCAUUGAUGAAAGCAGCCAAGGUUGGAAUCAUGAUGUCUGAUCUGGUUGGAAAUGUUUGGCACUGUUUUACUCCUCUCGCAGCGUACAUUGUCAACACCCCAGAGGCAGCUAUGCUUGCCUGUGUAUGCAGGAAGACCUCUCCAUUUACCAUGGCUUCUUAUCUGCAGUUCGGGGAUAUUUUUCGGCAUCCCUCUCAUACUCGCUCUAUCACACUUGAUCAGCUUGACAGCAUUACAGUCGAUCCCAAUAAUCUCGAGGCGUAUUUUGAUGCCUGUGCUGAAUACCGACUAAACAGUGUUUGCACACCAUUCUGGAUGAACUGGCCACUCACUGAUCCCUCAAUCUUUCUGAUGUCAGAACCUCUGCAUCAUUGGCACAAGGAGUUUUUCGACCAUGACUGCCAGUGGUGUCUAACAAUUGUGGGCACCUCAGAACUUGAUUUCCGGUUCUUAAUCCUACAGCCCAUCACAGGUUACUGUCACUUCACUGGUGGAAUCUCAAGGCUCAAACAAGUCACUGGCAGAGGUCACCAUGACAUCCAACACUACAUUGUUGGCCUGAUAUCUGGUGCAGCCCUUUGUCAUUUCAUCAUUGCAGUUUGUGCCCUCAUGGAUGUUCAAUAUUUGGCGCAAUCCCCUACUCCUGAUGAUGACUUACUGGCAAGUAUUGACCAGGCUCUUUUGACCUUCCACGAACAUAAAGAUAUUAUUCUGACAUCAGGCGCAUGA